CCGCCUUUGGCGCCCCCAAAUUAAAAAGGGAGGAGACGCUCGCAGACAGGAUGGAGCCUCUCGACCAUUUUUAGAUGGGAUCGCGCUUCCGUCCUCCCGAUCUCUCCAUCGCCUCGGUGGAGGAUGGUUCCGACGCCUCGAGGCCGCCGCUGCCGCCCAUGGCGAACCCUAGCUCAUCAGCAGGACUUGCUGAACAUAAGGUUCAGCUGGUACGGACUUGUAAAUCACCCAAAGAUAUGAGCAACAAAGAGAAUAUUUCCACUAUUGAAGAAGAUGGUUUGGAUGUUUCAACCUUCUGCAAGGUGGAAUCAGUGCAGAAGAGGAGCAAAAAGUCUGGACGGUGUAAUCUGAGGAAAAGCUUAGCUUGGAACCAAGCAUUCCUAACCGAAGAAGGUGUGCUAGAUCCACUGGAGCUGUCUAUCCUCGGUGGGUCUUCCAUGAAGCAGAAGGAGAGUGUUCUCUCUGUAAUUAAUGGACAACUGUCACCACUAUUGGGGUUCCAUAAGUCAGAUGUUACAACGCCAUGUGAUGCUGUUGGACAGAAGACUAUUGGCAAAAUGCAUGUGCAAUCUGGAGGAAGAAAAUUGAAAGAUAGCAAUUUAAUUGGCAAGUUUGAUGCAUCAAUUCAGGAAGAACAGCAAGAGUUGAUGGUCUCAGGAGUUAUAUCAACGAGCAAGCGCACAACAAAAAGUGUGCCACGACUACCGGCUGCAUCUUCACAAAAGAGAGUUGCAAGCUCAAAUGCAGCAAAUCCUACAUCAAAAAUUCCGAAGUUUAUGCCUACAAAGUCACAUGCUGCCUCUCUUACACCUACUUCCAGAGGUGACAUUUCAACCCCAAGGGACUUUACUUUAGACCAACGUGCCACGAUGGUUUAUACGGAGCAGAAUUCUAGUGUGAGGUGUUUUCCAUCAAACAUGAGAAACCAAUCCGCUUGUGCUCAAUCAUCCAAUUCUUCUGCAGUUAAUUCUCAUAGGCCCUUGGUUCCCUUGAUGGAGAGAGGUGUGAAUGGUUUUAGUUUGACGUCAGAUUCAUCAGCUUCUAAAGUUGUGCAGGGAACAAUAAUUUCUUGUAACUCCAGUAAAGAAUCUUCAUCAUAUCCUUCAAAAGCCUACCAUGCUGCAGGAGGUGCUCUUGCACCAGGACAUGCAAAACCAUCUGCGUUGCGGAUGCCUUCACCAUCGUUGGGAUUUUUUCAACAGGGCAAGCGUCCUUCAUAUUGUCCCCAACCUCAAGUAAAUGUUCAACCGCCCCGACCUACUAUUCCUUGUAUAAGAGCAAGUAAGGUAAGGCCCACAGAAGAAUCGAGGCUUUUGCCUCCUUCAACUUGGCAAAAAUCUUUGAAGAGCCUUCCUGCUCCAGAAUCUUUUGCUGGGACUAUAAUUUCUAGCAAAAUGGAGAACGCUUUGGUAGCUAUUUCUUUACCCUCAUCCAACGGAAAUGUUGUGCAUCCAUCAACGAGGGAAAAUGUUUCAAAGAUGCAAAGGGACAAGAUGGCUAUAGGAGCCUCUGGAAGGUUGUCAGACAGCCAGACAAGUGGUCAACAAGCCUUAAAGAGGUAUCGGUCACUAAUUGAUGAUGAUUUUGCACACCCUCAAGUUUUGUCAUCAGGAAACCCAGAACAUAAUGUUGACAACGAAGUACCUUUUGUGAGUAGCUCAGUGCUGAAGAUGAAUAACAAGCUUUUGGUUCAUGAAAGUAGAUUACCUGUGGUACCACUGAAAGUUAAUAUCCCUGAGGAUGUCCACCAUACAUGCUUGCCUACCAAAAGAAAUCAUGCAAGUGAAACUGAAUUAUCUCAAGCAAGCUCUCUGUGUAAACUAAAUGCAGAUGUGUUAGAUGAAGGUGCUUCGGAAUUGGAUAACAAGGCCAAACGACCACUGUCAGAAUAUACAGGGUGGGUUGCUCAUGCUGUCUCAGAACAGGGUGGGUUGGCAGCUAGGAAUUCAAAUUCAUUGCCAGAUCAAGAGGUUGGCAUUUCAUCGAGAUUUGUUGAAUUUUCUGCUUUAACCAAAUCACCUUUGAGAUGGAGUAAAACGAAAGUAGUAGGUUCUGGCUCUUGUAGCAGUUCAGAAUCAGGUUGUUCUUUAGCUCAAGAAACAUGUGCUGUGGACGAUUCAGAAAUCCACCAUGUGACACGUAUCUCUUCAGAGGAAACCAUGUCAUCUUUGACUUCAAGCAAAGAACACAUAGCUGGUUCUGAUUUCAUUAGCAAUACAGAAGUAGACUGUUCAGCACAAAACACAGGCAUACAUGUUGAGAAAGCAAAUUUAGGAACGAAUAAUUUGGCUGCUAUAGUGUCUAGUUUACCAGAGGAUCCUCAACCUACGGCAUCAACUGACAGUAAAUGUCAUGAUUUUAGAGUGUGUUUUGAUAAUAAGGAUCCUAUCAACUUAAAGGAAGAGGGAACCUUGGUGCCCAAUGGCAGCAAGAAUGAUCAGAAGGAUAGAGUGCAGCAAGAUAUUACCCAUCUGAAACAUCACUUGAAUGCUGUCCCAUUCACCGAUGAGUGGCUUGCUGCAAUUGAGGCUUUUGGGGAGGAAAUAUUGGAGCUGAAAACAGGCCCUGUACAAAAUUCUCCACCAGACAAGACUCUUCCUAAACCUGGUCCAUGGUCACCUGUUAAACGGAAAGCUCAGGACGUAGGACCAUUUGAUUGCACGAAGCAUUCGACAAAUCUGUCACCCCCUGAUUCCUCCUAACCCGUCGGUUGCCUCGUAUGAAGAGACCUCUUGGUGAUCUCAGAGGUUCGAUUUGCUCAGCAUGAUCUGCUUGUACGUCAUACUUUUCAAUGUACAGACAGUUUCAUAAACCUAUGAACGCGAAUAAAAUGGCGAACUGCACGGUUUUUUUUUUCACAUUUAUUUUUAGGGUUGAAUAUGUUAGUUCUAUUUAUUUCGAGGGUUGAAUAUGUUUCCUCGAACACGUUCUAAUUGGUACAUCAUGAGUCGCUACUUGAUGUUUUCCCUGCUA